CGUUUUGCGCAGACGCGUUGAAUCGACACCAGUUUGUAGCAAUUUUUCGAUUCGCGUGGAAGUUGUGUGACAAUUUGUUGUUUUGAAGGAAACCUAGAAUAUCUAAGAAAACGACACGAAAAAUGUCAGGUAAGUCGAAGGCAUUCACCAAGGAAGAGGAGCUUCUUCUUCAGGACUUCUCGCGAAACGUGUCAACUAAAUCUUCGGCUUUAUUCUACGGCAAUGCUUUCAUCGUCUCUGCCAUACCCAUCUGGCUCUUCUGGAGGAUUCACUUGAUCGAUAUAUACGCAAACUUGAUUUCCUUUGUUUUAGUCACUUUAGCUAGCACGUAUGCUCUUGCGCUCGCAUAUAAAAAUACCAAGUUUGUUCUAAAACACAAGAUUGCAGUAAAGAGAGAGGAUGCUGUAACAAAGGAAAUGAGCAGAAAGUUGGCAGAAGAUAAAAAAAUGAGUAAGAAGGAGAAGGAUGAGAGGAUCCUGUGGAAGAAAAACGAAGUGGCUGAUUACGAAGCAACAACAUUCUCUAUCUUUUACAAUAACGCUUUAUUCUUAGCGCUCGUAAUCGUGUCUUCAUUCUACAUUCUGAAGACAUUCACACCAGCUGUUAAUUACAUAUUUUCCGUUGGCGCGACGAGCGCACUGUUAGCACUGCUAUCAACUGGUUCGCAAUAACGUGGUGAUGCAUGACUCUAAUCAUUUAUUAUGCCAGAUGAUUCCGUGAGACUCUGUAACUGAUUUUUUGAUACGAGUGAAUGCGUAUAUGUAAUAAAACCAUCUUUAUUUAUAAUAAU